AUUGACAAUGUGCUUGACAAAUCACCAGUGAGCAAGGACACUUUAAAUUUGGACGUGUCAGUAAGCAAUCUGUGUGAGAGCAAAUAAAGAGCAGCCAAAAUUAUCUUUUGAGUAAACCCUUCUAAAAAGUACUGUUGCUAAAAUAUCAUGUGUAGAAAAACUCAACUUGAGGAACGGCACAGGGAAGCUGAGGACUUGGCUCAGACAGUAGGAGCAGAACCACUGAUUAUAUCCCAAGGCAUUGCCAGUUCACCUGGGGCUAAUAUUGUGCAAUUAGCUGUUGGGCCCCUAUACCCAAUCUUGGUAUAUUUUACUGUAAUAUCCAAUAGCAUAUUUUACCAUAGAAUCAUAAUUAUAACACAGUGAGGUUGUCAAAAUGAUAGUCAUCACUGUAGCUUAAUUUCCAAACAGUUCCUAAUUGUUGCCUCACUAUUACAAGUAGAAGAUCUCUGAGGAUGAGCGCAGCAUUACUCUAAAACCCCCAAAAUAUCCUCCACAGAGUCCUCGAUCUGUAACCUCCUGACAAUGCAGUUUAUGUGACUCUAAAUACAGCUAAGAGGCUGUAUGAUUGGUGGAUCAGUGACGGGCUACACACACCCAUGAGAACACAGGGCAUCAGCAAAGCUGUGCCUCAGAGCGGAUUGAACCCACCAUCUGUACUCCAGAGUUUCGGAUCAUGACAGAUCAUGAACUGUUAACAAUUGUAUUAAAAGCAUGGGGUGUAAUCAUCUGUGCUAAAGCAGGGACCAGUAGGGAAUCCAAUCCAUCAUGAACCAGGCUUUCCUGAUGUAAAGUGUGCUUUCCUUGUUUCUCUCUUAGUUUUCUCUACACGAUUUUCUCUGUCUCCAUCCCUCUCUUUACUUUCACUAGGGUCUGUUGGUUAUUCCUGCAAAUGGCUGGCUGAGCCUCACUGGUGCUUGUAUCAACUCUUUCCUCUCCCCGGUGUGACAUUCAUAGCAUUACAAUUGAGCUAUCAAUCUGUCAAGCCUUACCCCUGCUAAGCCAUGAGCAAUGGGAAGCACAGGAGAGGGACAACUUUACCUCUUAGGUCCUAACUACAGAGAGGCAAACCAGACUAACAACCACAAUAAGUCUCAGACAUGAUGUGAAAUAGAUAAGCUUUUACUUGCCAGCUGAGGCAAGUCGUUCAAUCAUCAUUUUUCACCUUCAUUUCCCCAUCCACCGCUGGGUAUUUUUUGCUGAUGACUGACUUGGUUAUAGCUGUUGGCUUCUCAUUCUGUUGGAUUCUCAUUAUCUUUUUUUUUCCAGCCACCCCCACUGCUACCUCUCAUACAUACCCACACUCCUGCUCUGCUGUUUCCCAAAUCUUCUCUCUUUUCUUUCUCUUUGUAUUUGUUUCCACUCUUCCUCCCUCCCUGGGUAAUAUCAGACUGAGCUCCUGUAAGGAGGAGAUAAAGCCCCCCGGCAGGGCAGGACCGCAGCUGUCGCCUUCUGACUUCCUGGACAAGCUCAUGGGGAAGACGUCAGGAUAUGAUGCCCGCAUCAGACCCAACUUCAAAGGCCCACCUGUGAAUGUCACCUGUAAUAUUUUCAUCAACAGCUUUGGGUCUAUCACAGAAACUACAAUGGACUACAGGCUCAAUGUAUUUCUACGGCAAAAAUGGAAUGACCCUCGCCUGGCGUACAGCGAAUACCCAGAUGACUCCCUUGAUCUGGAUCCAUCCAUGUUGGAUUCUAUCUGGAAACCCGAUUUAUUCUUUGCAAACGAGAAAGGAGCCAAUUUCCACGAAGUCACCACUGAUAACAAGCUGCUACGGAUUUUCCAAGAUGGCAGUGUUCUGUACAGCAUCAGGCUGACUCUUACCCUGUCCUGCCCUAUGGACUUGAAGAAUUUCCCAAUGGACAUUCAGACCUGUACCAUGCAGCUUGAAAGCUUUGGUUACACCAUGAAUGACUUAAUCUUUGAGUGGCUGUCUGAGAACCCCGUUCAGGUGGCUGAUGAUCUCACCCUCCCCCAGUUUGUGCUAAAAGAGGAGAAGGAUUUGGGCUACUGCACUAAGCAUUACAACACAGGUAAAUUUACCUGCAUUGAGGUCAAGUUCCACCUGGAACGUCAAAUGGGCUACUACUUGAUCCAGAUGUACAUCCCUUCCCUCCUCAUCGUCAUCCUCUCAUGGGUGUCUUUCUGGAUAAACAUGGACGCUGCACCAGCCAGAGUGGGUCUGGGUAUCACCACUGUACUGACGAUGACCACACAGAGCUCUGGUUCAAGAGCUUCACUGCCCAAGGUGUCCUACGUGAAGGCCAUUGACAUUUGGAUGGCAGUGUGUCUCCUGUUUGUGUUUGCUGCCCUGCUGGAGUACGCAGCAGUUAAUUUUGUCUCAAGGCAACACAAGGAGUUCAUCAGGCUGAGGAAAAAACAGCGGCAGCAAAGAAUAGAAGAAGAACUGGUGAGGGAGAGCCGUGGUUUCUACUUCCGGGGUUAUGGACUGGGUCACGGACUGGGUCAGUGCCUGCAGACCAAAGAUGGCACCGCUGUAGAAGCAGCCACUGUGUUCGCCCCCCCACCUCCAGUUACCAUGUACGACGGAGAAGUACUUCACAAGCGUUUUGUGGACCGGGCCAAACGCAUUGACACCAUAUCCAGAGCCGUCUUUCCAUUGAGCUUCCUCAUAUUCAACAUCUUCUACUGGAUCACCUAUAAAGUGCUGCGACACGAGGACAUCCAUGCAAAUUUGUAAAAGGCUCUCUGCCGACUCCAGUUGCUACUAUUUCAAUUAUUUUUUUCUUCGAACCGAAACUGCCUGUCAGAUCUACAUUACAAUGAGGAAAUGAGUCAAGAGGCAUAUCUGCCUCUUAAAUCUGUUGCUAAAACUUAGUGCUCAGGUGAGUCUUCAGGAUCUCAGACGAAGAGUGAUUAAGCCAAAAGACAAGGUUAAUCUGCGUGGAUUUAGGUUGGUGUUAUUUGUGAUUGCCCUCUCGUUUGUGUCUUGGUUUGAUUCAUCCGGAUUAUAAGAGAGACAAAACACUGCUGAUACUUGUGGGUUCAUGACCUUUGUUUGAGAUGAUGAGAAUUCAGAAAAGUUGAUGUUGAUCCUGGAUGGAUGAGACAUACUGACUUGAAUUUUGACACUACGCAUCUUUGAAUGAAUGUUUUUGAAAAUUAAAAAAAAAAGUUUUUUUUACACCUUUAGAUUAUCAGAUAGGUACUAAUGGGUGUGGGAGGGGGAGAAUGGGUGUUUGAUAUUUAUUAAUAUUCAAUAGGUGGUGAUAAUUCAAUAUAUAUAUAAAUAUAAGUGUAUAAAGUGUAUAUUAACAAGCUAUUCAUUAAAUUGCACAAAGCACAAAUAUGUAUUUCCUUUUGUCUAAAAUUUAAAUAAAUUGUUAUU